CCGUCGUCGUCCCGGUGUUCGAGCAGCGCCGCGGCGGUUCCCCUCUAUUGAUCGAAUUGACCUGCGAAGUUUCCCCUAGCGCGUGUGUGCAGUACAGUGGCAGCCGGCAGUGGCUCUCUCGCGCUCGCGUUUUCCGAGUCCGGUGGUGCGGUUGAAUAAUCGUGAGGCCUCGGUAUGUCCGUGCCAACGGCUUGCACGCGGUUCAGUGACAAUUAUGAUCUGAAGGAGGAACUCGGCAAAGGUGCCUUCUCCGUAGUGCGACGAUGCGUGCAAAAGAGCACCGGUCACGAGUUCGCUGCCAAAAUCAUAAACACCAAAAAGCUCUCGAAUAGAGAUUUCCAGAAACUUGAGCGAGAGGCGCGGAUAUGUAGAAAACUGCAGCAUCCAAAUAUCGUGAGAUUGCACGACAGUAUACAAGAAGAGAAUUUCCAUUAUCUCGUCUUUGAUCUAGUCACCGGCGGAGAACUGUUUGAGGACAUCGUCGCCCGGGAAUUCUACAGCGAGGCCGACGCCUCGCACUGUAUUCAGCAAAUCCUGGAAAGCGUACACCACUGCCACCAUAACGGAGUUGUGCAUCGGGAUCUGAAACCGGAAAAUUUACUCCUCGCGAGCAAAGCGAAAGGGGCGGCUGUGAAACUAGCUGAUUUCGGCCUGGCGAUCGAAGUACAGGGUGAAGCACAGGCAUGGUAUGGUUUCGCUGGAACGCCCGGCUACCUCAGUCCAGAGGUGCUGAAGAAGGAGCCGUACGGGAAACCAGUCGAUAUAUGGGCGUGCGGUGUCAUCCUGUACAUCCUCCUCGUCGGCUACCCGCCGUUCUGGGACGAGGAUCAGCACCGACUCUACGCGCAGAUCAAGGCCGGAUCGUACGACUAUCCAAGUCCAGAAUGGGACACCGUCACGCCGGAAGCGAAGAAUCUCAUCAAUCAGAUGCUGACGGUGAAUCCGGGAAAGAGGAUCACCGCCAGCGAGGCACUGAAGCAUCCAUGGAUCUGCCAACGUGAGCGUGUCGCGUCUGUGGUCCACAGACAAGAGACCGUGGAUUGCUUGAAGAAAUUCAACGCAAGGCGCAAAUUAAAGGGCGCUAUACUGACGACCAUGUUGGCGACGCGGAACUUUUCCAGUAAGUAUGAUGCACAGGGUCGAAGCAUCAUCACGAAGAAGGGCGACGGCUCUCAAGUGAAAGAAUCUACCGACAGCAGCACAACGAUCGAAGACGAUGACGUUAAAGAGGAUAAGAAGGGCGGCGUCGACCGGAGCAGCACGGUCAUUGCCAAAGAACCCGAAGGUACACCCCCGAGCAGCCCCGCGACAAUGUCCGCGUUCUCCAAGGCGGUCGGCGCGGCCACGGCGGCGACAAACAAGCAGAUCCCGAACCAGACUCAGAUUCAGGGUACGGGCAACCCCCUCGGAAUUGCCGCGGUUCUCCUUCAAGGAGCCCAAGCUGGCAGCGCAGGAGGCAGCAGCGGUAGCAGCAACAACAGCCAGAACAGCCAGGUGGGAGGCGCGUCGUUGUCAUCGUCGGCCAGCACCAGUCACCAGGCCAACGCCAGCAACGGGCCGACGGCAUCGCGACGCCAGGACUCCUCGGCCACCGAACUGGAUGCGCGACGGAUGACAGACAGCAGCCGCUACGCCCGGAUCCGGAGCUCCGAGGAACUCGAAGACGCGCGCCGACAGGAAAUCAUCAAGAUGACCGAGCAGUUGAUCGAGAGCAUCAAUACCGGAGAUUUCGAGGCGUACACGAAAAUCUGUGAUCCACACCUGACCGCGUUCGAGCCGGAGGCUCUAGGUAAUUUAGUCGAGGGAAUGGAUUUCCACAAAUUUUACUUUGAUAAUGCAGUCCUGGGGAAGAACUGCAAGGCCGUCAAUACGACGAUCUUAAAUCCCCACGUUCACCUGCUCGGCGAGGACGCCGCUUGCAUCGCGUACGUCAGGCUGACGCAAUACAUGGACAAGCAAGGCGUAGCGCACACUCAGCAGAGCGAGGAGAGCCGCGUGUGGCACAAGAGAGACAACAAGUGGCAGAACGUGCAUUUCCACAGAAGCGCGGUGACGGGCCCGUCGCCGUUCUCCUUCAAAUAAAUCGGGCCGAGAGGGCUGUCCUGCUUGCCACUCUCGGGGCGGAGACACACGCGCUCGUCAUCCCCCUAUAGGGCAAAUGAAUUAAACGAACGUUAGGAAUAUAUAACGGAGCACAGAGAACGUACCCGGGAAUUUUCACACACUCACACGCAUACACAUACACAUACACAUACACACACAUAUAUAUUUAUAUAUAUAUGAAAACACACAUACAGAGAGACAAAACAUGAGGAGACGAAAGUUGCGAGGAGAACAACACACACAACGACGCGCUAGCGCGGCGAUUCGAGAGAGAGAAAACGCCGCGACACCAGAACGAAACCAGAAGACAUCACACGCAUCAUGUACACACGCAUGUCCCACCUUGAACAAAAAAAAUAAAAGUCUAGUGCUAAGCGCGACAAAAACCGAAACCCGCAAAGAUAUAUAUGCCGUGGUGAGAGACCACCACCACCGACAUGUAUGUAUUACUCGCUCCAGUACCUGCUCAGCGUACUUACUACUAUCUUCUUAACAUACACUUUAACAAAAAAAAAAAAAAAAACAAACAACGCGUGCACCACGCCACGUGUGCCUCAGAGAGAAACCUCGACGUGGGAAAUGACGCGCGCGCGACGAAAGAAAAAAGAAAAGAAAUAAAUUAGCGGGAGAUCAUCGGAAGCGCGUGAGAAAGAGGCGCGUAAAAUCGAUCGGCCGACUUUCUCGUUGGGGAUCGAUCGUUUCUCGACGAGCACCGAGGGAAUGACGCGCGAGAGGCGGAACGGAACGCCCGGCUAGCGAGAUGGAUCGCGCGACGGAGAGAGAGAGAGAGAGAGAGAGAGAAAGAGAAAGAGAAAGAGAAACAUAAAGAGAGAGAGAGAGAGGAAGGAAAGGAAAAGAGAAAGAUGUCUCGCUGCAUCCGAGCAUCGACGUCAGGUUUACACACACCGUCCUCGCAAAACUAAUUUCGCGAAAUUGGAAGCGAAUUCGAACGUCGUUGAAUACAUAUGUAUAUAUGUAUAUAUGUGUGUAUGUGCACGCGCGCGCGCGCGCGUGUGUGUGUGUAUAUAUACAUAUAUAUCGAGAAGAGACCGGAAGCGAGCAGAAGCUAGAUAACGAAGCAUCAUUCUACAAAGUCGACAGAGCGAAAACUGCAAUGCGCGACCGAAGUUAGUUUAAUCAACGGAGUCGUGUAAGAUAAAUCGUCGCGGCCAUUUGGCAGAGCAGAUGCUGGGAGAAGAGAGCAUCCAAUGGACGGGGAGGAGACACCGAUCGCAGUAUCUCUCGUUCAGACACGGCAAGUCGAAAGCUGUGACCGGUUCCAUGCGGGAGAUAUCGGGACGAAGAAGAGGAGAAGAUGUCUAAGCAGAGGAAGGGCGCAGAGGAAGUCGAGCGAUGACGGGGUCGACUCGGAUCGAUGCUGGGCAUCGACGGGGUCAGCAGCGGUCGAGAGACAGAACGAGAGGAGGAGGAGGAGAAGAAGAAGGAAGAGGGUAUUGAGGUUCCGACACGGAAGAGAAAACGGGGGGAUGAGAGGUGGAAACAGAGGCGACGUGGUGUAUAACGGACAGGCAGGGUGGAAUCGCGGUCGAAAGCUCGUGGCGAGCGGAAACAGCGGCGCCGUCACGGCGCCUCGUCGUGUUUACGUUAGACGCAACGCGUUCACCAGGACAUUCCUCCGCGCGCGUUCCUCUUUCGCUCUCUCUCUCUCUCUCAUUCUCUCUGACGUUUGCAAAGGGAAAAAAACCAUAUUCGACGCGUAUCCGAGGUGCAGUAUCUUAGACUCUGUUCCUGCCUGACGGGGACGGGGUUCACAGGUAAUCUCGGAAACAAUCUGAUAACGCGCGACGAUAGAAAGUCACGCGGAGUCUUCUCUUGACGAUGGAACGAGAAAUGAAAGAAAGAAGCGGGGGGACAGGAACAGAGUGUUGCCGAGACACGCGCGUCUCAGGUUUACUUCACUAACGAUAAGACUUUACGAAGUUUAGGGCUCUCGAUAGUUCAGGCGGCGUGGCGCUCUUGAUCUCACGAAUUGUCGAAUCGAAUCGCGAUGAAUCAUCGUCUCGCGAACUUGCUCGAGAAGAGAAAAAUUGGAAAGGAAGUAGCGUGUAAGAUAAACAAACAAAAAAAAAACACACACUAGCAGUCACGCCGAUAAACUUAAUGUAUACUCUUCUCUCCGGGAGGAAUUGCAUUUCUACUUAGCGGUGUGCUACAAGAAAGUACUUCGAGCUUCGUAUUUAACGUAGCGUAAGUUUAUAAGCUUCGAUUGAUUCUACUACACUACGAGAGAUUGCUGUCGCGUUUGAUGCAGCAGCAGCAGCAGCGUUCGAGCGCAGUAUAGCACACACACACACACACAUACACACACGAUCGCCACUUGCAAAGUAAUAAUUAACAACGCGAGAUACUAAACAAGAAAAAAUAAAUACUAAAUAAAAAUCCCUCACGAUCGUUCCUUCCGAGUAGCAAAAACGCAACCCAACUCUGCGACCACAAGUAAUAAAUUUUAAGAGACUCGCUGAGACACGCGGUGGUUUGAUUGAUUGCAUCUCGCUGCGGAAAGUAUUCUUCUUUCUCGCGCGCGCACACUCACACACACACACACAAACAUGUGGAAGUUCGAGCCGCAAAACACAACGCGAUUCCUCUCGAAGGAGAGAAAACGAGCGAUACGUCGGUCAGCGCCGCCGCCGCCGCUUAUCCUUGUGAGACAAUCUGACGAAUGUAGCUGUCGCGUACACACGCAAAACAAAAAAGAAAAAACAUGCAUAUAUUGCGAAUUCAAUCCGCCACCUUCUCCGCCUUGCCGUGCCUCGUAAUUUCAUUUUCUCGUCAGUCGCAUCCCCGAGUGCACGUAGGUGUGAGCGCGCACGUUUAAAACGAGAAGAAACACCGUAGACAGUCUUAAGAAGGAUUUUGCAUAAGAGAAGAAAGUCCUGAAAAGACGAAGCAAACAAUCGAAAAGCAA